AUGAAUCCAGUUGGGAAGAACAACAAUAAAAUCAGAUGGAAAUUCGAGAAUUUGGAAACUUUGAAGAAGAAUGGAGGAUUCAGUGAAGAAUUUACAACGGAUGAUUUGAAAUGGUUAGUAAAUAUUUAAAGUGAUAGAAAUUACAUAACAUUAUUUUUUUAGGAAAAUAAAAUUGGAGACUAAGUUGGUCAACGGCAUCAAGUAUUUGGGUGUCUACUUACACCACGUCACAGAAAAAUCAUCGUGGAUUAUCGAAUCAUCGGCGAGAAUCAAAGUUUCGAAUAGAAAGCAAUUGCGAACCGGAAAUUUCAAUUGCGGAUUGCACACCAAAAAUAUACCAGCUUGGGGAUUCCCAGAAUUUCUGCAAUGGUCUUUUCUUGCUCCAAAUCACUACUAUGAUUCGAGAAUCGAAUGGAUCACCGUGGAAUGCGAAUUCAGUUAUAAAUUCUAUGAUUUUUCGAAAAAUUCGGCGAUUUUCUCGGAUGCCAGUAUCAAAGUUGGAACUGAUGAAUUCUAUAUUAGCAAAGGGUAUAUUUCUACAUUUUCAAAGUUUUUCAACGAGAAGUUUGUGAAUAAAAAUUUAACUAAAGUUACGAUAACUGGUGUGAAAUCGGAUGAUUUUGUGCGAUUAUUAGCAGCAAUUUUGCCGGAUCCAAUUCAAAUUAGUUGUGAGUUUUUCUUGAUUGAAACCUUGAUUUUUUCUUCUAUUUUUCAGUUCGAAACUACGAUGCGAUUAUGGAUUUAUCAGAAAAAUUCGAAAUUGAUUCAUUGAUCAAAAAAUGCGAGGAAUAUUUCAAGAAAAACAAAUGCAUUGAAAUCAUUCGACAAAUCAAAGAAGCUGAAAAAUUCAAUUAUAGAACUCAGAUUGUAAGAAUUUUUGAAUUAGUUUCCAGAUAAAAAUACAAGAUUUUUCAGCCAACACUUCUUGCAACUUUGAAACGCGGAAAAGAACUCAAAAUUAUUUCGGAAGAUGAGAAUUUCAAGAAUUUCAAAGAUUCUACAAAAGUCGCUAUUAUGAACGCCGCUUUUAAAUUUCUUUAA